UAGAGGGAGAAAGACAUUUCGAAAACACACUUUUCUGUUUCCCAGCGUGGCAAUGGAGGAGACGUACCUUCUCAACUAUCCAGGUGUCAGGAAGAAAAUUCUGGCAGGAGGCAGUGGACCGUUACCUCACUUUCCACCUGGGACAAAGCUGGUUUUCCACUUCCAGACACUGUUGGACAACUUCGAGAGGACAGUCAUUGAUGACAGCCGACUAGCUGGCAGACCGGCAGAGAUCUUUGUCGGAAAGAUGUUCAAGAUGGAAGUCUGGGAGACCCUGUUGACGUCCAUGCGUGUUGGAGAGGUGGCUGAGUUCUGGUGUGAUGCCAUUCACACAGGCUUGUACCCCAUUGUGUCCAAGGGAAUGAGACUGAUCGCUCAAGGGAAAGACCCUCUAGAGGGUCAGAGACACAUGUGCGGUAUGGGAAACCUGUUCCACUAUCACUCCACGGGUUUCCCUGAGCUGGAUGAGCUGAUGCGGACUCCUCAGCCGCUUAUAUUUAUCAUGGAGUUGCUGCAGGUAGGAGACCCUAUGUCCUACCACAGAGAGUCGUGGAUGAUGGAAAAGGAUGAAAAGCUGCAGACAGUGCCAGUUCUCCACAUGCAGGGCAAUGCCCUGGUCAAACAGAAGAAAUACAGAGACGCUGCCAGCAAGUACAAAGAAGCUGUCCUGCUGCUAAAAACUGUCCAGUCUAGGGAGAUGCCGGGUGAUAUAGACUACAUUAACUUGGGUCGAAUGAUUGUCCCCCUGGAGCUGAACUACUGCCAGUGUAUGUUGGAGCUGGAGGAGUACUAUGAAGUCAUAGAGCACAUGGAUGAACUGCUGCAGAAACACAAAGACUGCGUCAAAGGCUACUACAAAAGAGCAAAAGCCCACGCUGCUGUGUGGAAUGAAAAGGAGGCCCGGAGAGACUUCAACAUGGUGGCUCAACUUGACAUCACUUUGGCGUCCCUCACCCAUCGAGAGCUAAAGGCCCUGUCGGAGCGCAUGAAGGAGAAAUAUUGGGAGGAGAAGGAGCAAUACUGGAACAAACUAGAGAAAAAUGAAAACACAAAUGAAGUGGGGGAGGCAGAGAGAAAUGAUGAUGAGGAGAAGCAGAGAGGAGAGACAGAAGAGGGAAAACAAGAACAUCCUGAAAGUGUGACAACAGCUGCAAAUGAUAAAGUGGGAGAUGAUUCAUAUGGAGAAGUUCAUGAAGAGAACCUCGGGGAAUAUAAGGUUGCACUGACUGAGGGAACAGUUAUCAAAGAAGAAGCAAGCUCUUCUGUAGUGAAUUUAAACACUUGCAAUAAAACAGAAGGCAAGGACUGGCAGCAGAUGUUACGACUGGUCAUGUUGCUGCAGAAUGAAGGAAAUUUCCUCAUUAAAGACAGCCACUUUCAAGAAGCUUCGGGAAAGUUCAAGGAGGCUAUAGAAUAUGUGGACUGCCUUCAAAAUAAAGUGGAUCACCAGGGUGAGGACUGGGAUUCGCUGGAGAAAGUGCGUCUUCCUUUAACUCUUAAUCUCAGCCAGUGCAUGCUGGAGCUAAAACAAUACCAGCAAGUUGUGGAGCUCAACACCAAGCUGCUGAAGAAACACAAAGGUAAUUUCAAGGCAGUGUACCAGAGGGCUCGGGCUCAUGCUGCUUUGUGCAAUGAGGAUGAAGCUCGAAGAGACUUUGAUACGGUGGAGCAACUGGACCCAAAGUUCAAACCCUUUGUGCGGCAGGAACUGAGGAAGCUGGGCCAGAGCAUGUGUUCUAUGCAUGCCCGUCAGAACAAGACUUACUGGGAUACAACACAGGAGAAGUGGGGGCAUGGUGGGACCAAGGCCAAUAGUGCAGCCAGAAAGAAGAACGUCAAAUUUCCUCCAAAAGCCAAAGAAGGAAAAGCUAAAGCAGAUAUUAAUGCAGAUAAGAAGACUGAAGACACUAAGAGCCAGGAGAUGGAAAGCUCAGAGAAAUGCCCCCCUGUCGAGACAGAGGAGGUGGAUGAUGCAGAAACAGGGAAAAAUCCAGAUGUGAAAGCAGAGCAGGGUAAUAAAGAGCCAGAGCGUGGGAGAGCGAGUGGAGAGGGGUUAGAUAAUGAAAGUAUAGAGAAGGCCGUGGUUCAUGAAGCUGGGCUGGGUGUACCAGAUAAUCAAGCAACAGAUAAAGAUAGAGAUCCUGCACCCGCCAGCUCCGGCAAAGAUAAUGCAGUGAGCAAGAGAUCAGUGCGCGAUAAGGCGAGAAAGAAGGUAAAAUGUCAAUCAAGUGCUGCAACACAGCCAAAGAGAACAAACUCAGGGAACAAAGCCAACAGGGCUAAAACAGAAAAGGGUGGCACUGCAUCAGAAUAGACCAAUGAGCUGUUUUUUCUGCUCUGAAGCAAAGGUUUAAGGUAGAAGUCGAGGGCAGACUGAAUAACAGAGUAAGAAAAAAAAAUUACAAGCACACAAGCCUCACAAUGGGACAUGCUGAUUCUCCCUUACACAAAUCCAAAUAUAAACACAAAAGAAAAAUUAAUAUAAAACAGCCUGUAUUUGGCACCAUUCUGAGCUAACUUUCAUUAUUCAAAUCUCAAAGGGAUAACUGCAGUCACAUGAAACAAAAUAAAAAAAAACAAAAACACGAGCAGACAAGGAGUUUGCCAAAUACAAACUUUUAUUUCUGUACACAAAGAGUAGAAAGCAGCCAGUAACCCACUUGUUAUUACAGUAAAAAGCCUUUCUUCAGAAAACUUUUUUAUACAGAUUAAAAACUCCAGAGAAAAGACAAAAAGAAGUGUUUUGAGUUCUGGACAAUAAAACAGGAAAUCAAAAGUGUUAAAGAAGUCAAACAUUAUGAUUAAUGAGGUAUAUUAAUGGUGAUUUAAAAGAACACACAAAGAAGAAAAGAAACCUCAUUUCAUCAGAAAAAAAAAUGAGUGUGUUAGAGUAACAAAUUAUUAUAUGUUGCGUGACAUUAAAGCGCAUGUGUCCUUGUUACAUAUUUAGAUGCGUGUUGGUAAACACAGGAGGGAGGGUCUGACACUGAGGCGGCAGAUUAAUGACAGGGCCCGUGGAGCAUGUUGGCAAGCUACAUGCAGUAACAGAAGUCUGAACAGUGAUAGCGGUGUCCUCUGGGGGUGACUCCGGCUUAUGUAGAGAACCUUUUUUCACACGGCUUCAGUCAUGCCACAGGGAGCAGUGUGUGUUAGUGUGUGUGGGGCAAAACAGGAAGCCCCUAGGAGUAAAGAAAUGUGCACACGGAUGAGACCUCAGAUGAUCACACAGUCACGCAUCAUCAUUUAUUUGGAUGGCGGUGUCGAGCAGCAGCAGAGUGAAAUGUUGGGACAAACUGUGAAUUGCAAUGUAACCCUGUAGUAUAACUACCUAGUCUAUAUGUUUGUGUCAUUCUUUCGCCACUAUAAACAUGACAACUGUUGAUGCGCAGUCCUACUGGGGGGGAUGUCUCCGCUUCUUUUUCACAAGCUGUCACUGCGCCAUCAUCUUGUGUACCCACAUAGAAAAGUAUGGAGCUACUGAGAGCAAUGGGUAAUCAUCACUGUGUAAUGAGAUGUGUAAAUACCAAUAGAUAAAUGUCUAUGAAUAAACAUUGCUUGUCAUGGCUUUUUUUUUUCUCCCACGAGCUGUGCAGCUGCUCGUUGUUCUCAGUUGUGAGAGCUUUAACAAAACAAAUUCUUAAGCAGUGCUGAUGCGGAGAUGGAUUCAACAAAUAGUAAUGACUAUCUUCAGCAGCUUAACAGUGGCAGGCUUCAGUGGAGGUGGAAGUGAAGAAAAGGAGAGCUGUGUUUGGGAACCAAGGGCCUCUCUUGCUUCCCUUAAGGCUAUUAGCAUUUGUAUUAUGAAUGGCACAUCACCUUUCCAACUUGCAAACCUGUGGAGCUUCGUCCUUGGGGGCAGUUCCCUAGCAACGGUAUCAAAACUAACAGGCAACGAGUGCUGAGGAGGAUGGUGUCAAAUGUGAGUGCUAUGUGCCUGGAGGAAGAUCCCAUAAUGAAUGCAGCACAUGGCUUUUAAACUCAUGUAUGUGGGGUCAGAAUGAUAUUUUUAAAGUUUAGCAUGGAUUCCUCAAUGUAUAUGUGACUGUCUUUUCUAUGAGAAUUGUGUGGUUUUAGUACGGAGAAACAAGCAGAGCCACAGCUUCAUUGUUUCAGGCAAACUUUAGUCCUGCUUCUGGAGAUUUUGCUGUGGCAGGCACAUCAAAGUGGAUCUCUCCCACCAGCCCUCAAGCAAUAAAUGGAUUGUUUUUUUUCUGCCUUUCCUCUCUUGUCUCUUAGAUCUUUACUCCCUCCAAGCAUACCCGGCACCAUGGGUUCACUCAUAAAAGCCUUAUUUAACCGGUUUCACCCUAUGGAUGCUCACAUGCUGUGAUCCACACUUUUCCAUUCCAGCUGUCACUUCCAAUCAACCACAGGUCUGUCUGCGGACUGACAGACACUAGUGCACAAACGCACUGACGCAACCUCCUUCCCUGAAUUUAAAGCAUAAUGAAAAAA